UUGAGUUUAUUAGUGAGACGACUUGCUAAGCGGUGUGUCUUCAAGUGUCGUGCAUGCAUUUUAUGCAUCUGUUGAUUUGCAUGCACUCUCUCUCUUCUUCUCUCUCUACUAAAAAACCCUUCUCUCUCUCUUCUCUCUCUCUACCAAAUACACGUUUUCUUGGUCUUACCCACACCCAAAAAAAUACCCAACUCGCCGUUACGUUCUUAAACCACUGAGUUUGACUCGUUUUGUUGCAAGUAGUACUACUACUCCCUCAGACCCAUUAAGCUCAUCUUCAUCACUGAAGGAGUUUGCUUCAGUGUUUGAAUGACUAGGCCUUCUCGAGAUUUGGGUUUUGCAGAUUGGGAGAAUACAAGGGGUUGAAUUUGGAGCAAUGGCGACCAAGAUUUGCAUGAAUGUGUCGUGUGGGACGAGUAAUACGCAUGAAUGGAAGGAUGGCUGGCCUUUGCGAUCUGGUGGAUUUGCCCAUCUCUGCUACAAGUGUGGAGCUGCAUAUGAGAAGUCAGUUUUCUGCGAUACGUUUCAUCUGGGGGAAACAGGUUGGAGGGACUGCAGUUCGUGCCACAAGCCUCUCCACUGUGGAUGCGUAGCCUCCAGGUCUUUAUAUGAGUGCCUGGAUUACGGGGGUGUAGGGUGCAUUGGCUGCACAAACAGUUCUCAACCACGUGUGAUCCAGAGGAAUGAUGUCCUCAAUGGUUUUAGUGGACUGACUUUAAGUAAUGCUGUUGAUCGAAAUUCCAGUUCUGCUGAAUAUAGAGCUGUUGGCGGUACUGUUGAUGAAGGAAAAUUUUUGCAGUUGUGUGGUACUGUUGAUGAGGGAAAGCUUUUGCAAUUAUGCAAGAUUAUGGAGGCUAAUGAGUCCACCCUUUUGCCUCAAUCUCCGACAGGUGAAGAAAGUGUAUUUCUUGAAUCCACUCUCUUGCCUCGACCUCUGAGAGAUGAUAAAAGUGAAUCCCUUGGUCAAACCAAAGGACAAGAAGUCAUCCGUCAAAUAGAAGAAGUUACCCCAGGAAUUUUUAAUACCACUCAGUCGUCUAUUGGAUCGUUAACGUUCCCAGCCGAAUUAGAUAAUGGUAGAACAAUGAUAGAGGCCAAUCAUAUGAGUAUGCCAUCCUCUCAGCCAUCUUUACGUAUGUCUUUGGGAACCCCAUCUGGAACACCAAAUCUUGUACAACCCUUUUCUGGGGGCCACGUGGAUAUAAGAGAACAGAGUAAGACAUCUUCUGCCUUCCAACAGGUGCAAAAACCUCGUCCUAUUUUGCCCAGACCUUUGAAACCUGCCCUCCCUGUGAGUUGUGAGAUAAAUAAUAGUGCGCGCAUUGCAAGACCACCGGCUGAAGGACGGGGAAAGAAUCAAUUACUUCCCCGAUACUGGCCUCGGAUUACGGACCAAGAGCUGCAGAAGUUAUCUGGAGCUUUGAAUUCUACUAUUGUUCCAUUGUUUGAGAAAGUGCUGAGCGCUAGUGAUGCCGGUCGAAUUGGUCGCUUGGUUCUUCCAAAAGCAUGUGCCGAGGCAUAUUUCCCUCCAAUUUCUCACUCAGAAGGCCUUCCUCUAAGGAUUCAAGAUGUGAAGGGAAAUGAGUGGACAUUUCAGUUCAGAUUUUGGCCAAAUAAUAAUAGUAGGAUGUAUGUUUUAGAAGGUGUGACACCUUGCAUACAGUCAAUGCAACUGCAAGCUGGUGAUACUGUGACAUUUAGUCGGAUAGAUCCUGGAAACAAACUUGUCAUAGGGUUUCGAAAGGCAUCACAGUCUGUAAAUAUGCAGAUUCAGGGACCCCCAAUGUCAAUCCUUCCAAAUGGUACACCUGGGGAAACUUCCUAUUCUAGUGAGAAUCUGGCUACCGGAAGUGGUGACUCUAGUCUCUUCCAUUUGAACAAAGGAAGCGAGGAUCCUCACUUAAAUUCUCCAUUAGACCAUCAUUUGGCCGAGUGGGAUACAUAUAUGCACAAAAAUGAGAGCAAUGGUCACAGAAAUGAGGAUUUGUUACAGCCAGUACCAAAUUCAGAGAAAAAGAGGACCCGGAACAUUGGGCCUAAAAGUAAGAGGUUGCUCAUGCAUAGUGAAGAUGUUAUGGAGCUGAGGUUGACAUGGGAAGAAGCACAGGACUUGCUCCGUCCGCCACCAAGUAUCAAACCAAACAUCGUUACUAUUGAAGAUUUUGAAUUUGAAGAGUAUGAUGAGCCCCCUGUUUUUGGCAAGAGAUCCAUAUUCACUGCCGGGCCAUCAAAGAGACAGGAACAGUGGGCUCAAUGUGAUGAUUGCUCCAAGUGGCGGAAAUUGCCUGUAGAUGUUCUCCUUCCUCCAAAGUGGACAUGCUCAGAAAAUUCCUGGGAUUCGAGCAGGUCCUCGUGUACUGCACCAGAGGAGAUGAGCUCAAAGCAAUUGGAUAGUCUUCUGAGUUCAUCUGUAUCCCUUAAAGGUUUGAGGAAGAGACGAAAAAUCCUAGAGAAGAAGGAAGCUGAAGAACAUGAACCCUCUGGCUUGGAUGCCCUGGCUAGUGCUGCUAUUUUGGGAGAUAAUGUGCGUGACUCAGGGGAACAAUUAGUUGGAGCCACCACCAAACAUCCUCGUCACCGCCCUGGUUGUACUUGCAUAGUGUGUAUUCAACCCCCAAGCGGGAAGGGCAAGCACAAGCCAUCAUGCAAAUGCAAUGUGUGCUUGACAGUGAAACGGCGCUUUACAACUAUGAUGCAGCGGAAGAAUGAGAAGCGCCAAUUAGAACGCGAAGCUGAGAAUUCUCUGAGGAACAAUAACAACCACAAGGAUGAAUCAGAGGUGAAUGGCACCACAUCAGCAGAUACUGCGUUGCAUAUGAAUCACUUGGUAGAGAAUUCCCAGAGGAACAAUAACAAUCACAAGGAUGAAUCAGGAAUGAAUGGCACCACAUCAGGAGACACUGCAUUGCAUAGGAAGCACUCAUCGGAGAAUGGAGCCAGCAGCAGCCAUAGCAGAACUCAAGCAGAUGCUGCUGAAAGUUCCAGUGCCAGACAAAUUGACCUGAAUUGCGAACCUUCCGGUUUGUUCCGGAACCCCACACUUCAAGAUCUCUUGAAGCUUGCUAAAGCUGCUUCUGCCGCCCGACCAUUGGAGAAGUACACGAACGAAACUUCCAUCGGAACCAUGAUGGGCGAGGAACAAGCCGGUCUUGCUUCUUGUUCGCUUACCCAAGCCAAUGGUGAUAAUGACAUUGAGAGACGAACGCCAAAUGAAGUUCACCUUUCAGCUGUGGCAUGGGACUGCCCGAGAAUAGGUGAUAAGGUUUACCGUGAGACAGAUUUAGAGUGAAACAGUCCAAAUUCUCACCCGUCUUGUUUCUUGUCCAAGUAUAGCAAAGUGGAUGGUUCCAUACAUCUCUACCUCUACACAACCACAGAAUGUAAUUUCAUUUGUUCUUUUUUCUUAUCUUCUUUUCUGUUUUCGGGUUCAUUAGCCAUUUGUACUGUGCAUUGCCUUGGCCUCCAAGUCAAAUGGAAACCAUUGCAGGUCACAGCUGAUGCUCUUCAUUAGUCCAACUAGUUAAGGAGGGUCUCCAUCCAAUCGAGUAUAUGGGAUUUAGUCUGUAAAUUUGUCCCUCAGCAGUAAACGGCUUUUCUUGUUUCA